GAUCAGCGCCACCUCGUUCCUCGAUACGUAGCGACGGCAGUAGUGGUGGUGGUCUCGUCGCGCGCGACUGCUCCAUUCACCGGAUGGUCCGGAUACUCCGGAUUCACCCGUUAACCGUUGCAGCGAUCUGAUGAGUCUCGUGACUCGCCGUGCCCGUAGUGCCCGCACUCGCGUUCACGCGCAGUUGCGCCUCUUCGGUCAGCGCAACGUGAUCGAGAAGUAGUAUAUAUAUACGGCGCGGGAUAUUUCCAGGGAUCCAGUGAUACGUGAUCCAGCGGUCAAUUCGCUGGUGCGCGGUGAUCCGUCGGGAAAUGUGUCGCCGUUGUCCGACCGGCUAUUGAAAAGUGCAAGCCGCUCCCGUUCGAGCGCGAUUCUUGUUACGUGAGAAGGAUCUAUGCUCCGCAAUCCACGGAUAAAAUGACGGUUGCUGGAAAGAGAUACGUAGACUGCACAGUACUGGAUACGGGCAGCAUGCCAGACGCCGAGGACUCUUCAUACGACAGCGACUACGAAGCCGAGGAUUCGACAACAACAACGACGACGACGACGACAACAACGACAAUGACGGCGACAGCGGCGCGGUAUUCACGAUCGGAGUCGCAUAUAUCCCCAGCACAUCCGGACGUAUCUCGCACCACAUCGGACACUCUAGCGGCCGAGUUCGCGGAGUACGUUACCAUCCAGGGACCAUCACCCACGCAAAACCCAGGUUACACCGCUCGCGUGGAGUUCGCACUUAAGUUGGGCUACACCGAAAAAUUGGUGCAAGCGGCGCUGCAGAAAUUGGGCCCGGAUCCGGGUCAGAACGAGCUGUUGGCCGAGCUAAUCAAACUCGGAGCUACUUGCUCCCCAAAGUUUACCGACGGUCCAGAGGAAGUAGAUGAUCUACCGGACGCCGAGACAGACACCGAUGAAGGUGGAAGGUCGAUUUUGACCUCAAUGAUGGCGACGAAUGCCACGGUAAACGCGAUCUCAUCAAUGGACCUGAGGCCUGUUGUCAUCGACGGCAGUAACGUCGCUAUGAGUCAUGGCAAUAAGGAGGUAUUCUCUUGUCUCGGCAUCAAGAUUUGUGUUGAUUGGUUCCGUGCCAGGGGGCAUAAAGAGAUCACUGUCUUUGUGCCCAAGUGGCGGAAAGAAGCCUCGAGACCUGAUAAUCCGGUCACUGACCAAGAGAUCCUGGGCGAGCUUGAGAAGGAUCGUCUGCUUGUGUUUACGCCUUCCAGGUUGGUGGGUGGAAAGCGUAUGGUGUGUUACGACGAUCGGUACAUCCUGAAACUGGCCGCGGAGGUCGAUGGCAUUGUCGUCAGCAACGAUAACUACCGGGACUUGGCACAAGAGAAUCCCGAAUUUAGAAAGGUCAUAGAGGAGAGAAUUCUGAUGUACAGCUUUGUAAACGAUCGAUUUAUGCCACCAGACGAUCCACUCGGUAGGAGCGGACCUACAUUGGAGAAUUUUCUUAGAAUCGCUCCCAAAAAGGUCGAUCCUGCUCCUCCAUGUCCUUAUGCUAAGAAAUGUACAUACGGCAAUAAGUGCAAGUUCCGACAUCCCGAGAGAGGACCACAUCCACAUAAAUCUGUGACAGAACGAUUGGUGGAGCAUGCUCAGCGUCACUUACAAGCCCGUGGGCCCAGCCUGAGUCUGCCAUUGUCAUCCACAAACGCAUCCGUAUCUCCACAACAUCCGCCACUCUGCAAAACUAAAUCAGCCAUGCCACCGAAUGUCGUUCAAUUUUUGUCGUCCGUUCCGAAGAGUAGAUCAGUGGAAAAUGUCACAUCUGAUUUGUCUACAACUAGUCCCAUUAUGUACAGCCAGCAAAUGCCUUCUACACAAAAUUCUCAAGGUUACUCUUCCUCAGCGAACUGGCCCACAUCAAGAGUGAGUAAUCCCGAACAAGAACCGGUGAAACUGCAUCGCAAGCUACAGCGGCAAUUAACUCUGAAUCCAGCGUGUGAUCCGCGGCUUUAUCAACUCAGACGAUAUCAUCAACAGCAGCAAACCAGUCAGUCAUCGCAACAACAGCAAUCAGUCAUCAACUCAUCACGCUCUAAUAUGCAACACCGACCAUUGACGAGACUCGCCAGUAAUGACUCGUCGUAUCCAGGUACUGCCAGUAUGAGCUGGGAUUAUCCCGACUGCCUUCAGCCUCAUCACCAGCACGUGAUGCGUAUCGCAUCUGCCCCGGAUUCUUACAGAGCUUGGCCGCCACGCGGUACCGCCCUGGUGCCGCCAUCACGGGUGCAGAGGAUAGGUACCUCGGAUCCCCAAUUAAAUCUGUUACCAUCCCCGCCAUCUACAAGUUUACACGUGCCCUGGGGUAUGCAGACUCAGGACAUUCGACGUCGCCUACACUAUCAUCUCGCCAACAUUUUUCCCGAGGAGCAAGUGCAGGCUGUCAUGACGCUUCAUCCCCACGAGACCGAUCCCCAGCAGAUUUGCGCCGCCAUUUUGACGAUGUUUCCCAAGAAUCAGAAUUGAUGAUGAAUUUUAUUCAUGUUUAGAAUGUUCACGAGUUGGAACAUUGAAACUAUCUAUAUAUAGCAGUUAUGUUUUGUUAUUUUUA